UUUUUCUUUUCUUGUGAAUAAGCAUUUGGGCUGCACGUUUUUCUGCAACGAUUCCAAAAUGCAAAUUUUCGUGAAAACUCUCACCGGCAAAACCAUCACCUUGGAGGUGGAGCCUUCGGACACCAUCGAGAAUGUGAAGGCAAAGAUCCAGGACAAAGAGGGCAUUCCUCCAGAUCAACAGCGUCUGAUUUUCGCUGGCAAGCAGCUCGAAGAUGGCCGCACUCUCUCCGACUACAACAUUCAGAAGGAGUCGACUUUGCACUUAGUGCUCCGUCUCCGUGGUGGUAUUAUUGAGCCUUCACUGCGUAUUUUGGCACAGAAGUACAACUGCGACAAAAUGAUUUGCCGCAAGUGCUACGCUCGUCUUCAUCCACGUGCCACCAACUGCCGUAAGAAGAAGUGCGGACACACCAACAACUUGCGCCCCAAGAAGAAGUUGAAGUAGACGCUGGCCGUGCAAAACCUACCGUUGCAGCGAUUUUACUGUUUCCGCCGACCAUCUACAACAGCAACAACAAAAAAUAUGAGUUUUCUUAUUUCCGUGCGCUAAAAAUGAAUGCUUUAACAACUUAGUAAAUAUCAUUUGUAAUUUAUCCAAAUGUAUAAAACAAAAUGUAUUUACUUGCAGUAAAGCGCG